CGCUGCUGCCAUUCGGUGUGAGUUCCCGCAACUGUCCACUCCUGGCGCGAGCCUUAAGCCUCCAGCCUCGCUCUUCCCCCGCGGUAGCGGUAGCGGUAGCAGUAGCGGCGGCGGCGGCGGCGGCGGCUGAGGUAGAGAGCAGCUGCAAGCGGUCGGCGGGCUCCAUGGAGAGCGGCGGAAGCCCAGGCAGAGGCGGCGCUCCCACCCCGGCACCCGGGCUCCAGUGACCCGCGCUCGCGUCCUGCACCGCGUCGGAGCGGCCGCGCCUCGCGGACCCACCGGCCUCGUCGCCCUUCCCGGCGCCCCUGCGCCCCGACUCGCCCGCGCCCCCACUCCUCGGCGGGGUGGCGGCGACCGGGCCCCCGCGGCGGCGGCCGGAGCAGCAGCAGCAGCAGCCAGAGCCCGCCUCUAUGAUGAAGUUCAAGCCGAACCAGACGCGGACCUAUGACCGCGAGGGGUUCAAGAAGCGGGCGGCGUGCCUGUGCUUCCGGAGCGAGCAGGAGGACGAGGUGCUGUUGGUGAGCAGCAGUCGGUAUCCGGACCAGUGGAUCGUUCCAGGUGGGGGGAUGGAGCCUGAGGAGGAGCCCGGCGGUGCUGCCGUGAGGGAGGUUUAUGAAGAGGCUGGAGUGAAAGGAAAAUUAGGCAGACUCCUGGGCAUAUUUGAGCAGAACCAAGACCGAAAGCACAGAACAUAUGUUUAUGUUCUUACAGUCACUGAAAUAUUAGAAGAUUGGGAAGAUUCUGUUAAUAUAGGAAGGAAGAGAGAAUGGUUCAAAGUAGAAGAUGCAAUCAAGGUUCUCCAGUGUCAUAAACCUGUACAUGCAGAGUAUCUGGAAAAACUGAAGCUGGGUUGUUCCCCAACCAAUGGAAAUUCCACAGUUCCUUCCCUUCCAGAUAAUAAUGCCUUGUUUGUAACUGCUGCACAGACCUCUGGGUUGCCAUCUAGUAUAAGAUAGAAUCGGGAGGAACUCUACCACCAUAUGCCAGCUCUUGGAGAAAGAGGCUUCUUUGUUUUCCUUGGCAAACAAACAUCUGAAUGACACUUGCAAACUGUCUGAAUUUGCCAUACAGGGUUUUCAAACAAUUUGCAUGUACUUCAGAUGCUUUCAAAUCUUUUUUUUUUAAAGUGUAAAAAUAUUUUAAUAAGCCAAAGCCAUGAGGAAUUUUUUUUAGAUGCCUUAACCGUGGCCCACCAUCCCCAUCCCAUGUUAUUUUUGCUUGUCUUCCCCCCGCCCCCAGCCUUUUUUCAGUUUUUUUGUCCAUUUGACUCGGUCUGGUUUAUUUUGUCAGGUUAACUUACUUGUGGGUAUAUUUUCCCCUAAAUUGUUUUCUCAUUCCACAGCAUUAAUGUACUCAACACAUCCUUCUGUGGCAAGAAUUGGUUAAAAUGAUACUUCUUGGUAUUGAAGAAAUUGUAUAUCCAUUCCAAAAUUUGUUUCAUAGAAUCAUAAUUUUAAUUGCUAAAUUCCAGAUUUGAGCUAUUUCUGUGUUGUGCAAUAACUAUUUUGACAGAGGAUUUAAUUUGCUCUUUUCAGGAAUCUGUCAACUGGUUUGUCUUAAUUUUCAUAACUGAUAUUAUGUCAAUAGCUACCUGAUACAGCUAUUUCCCCUAUAACUCAAUGGUAGUUGAACACAAAGUGUAACUACAGAGUUGGUGAUUUUCAGGGAGGUAUUGUUAGCAAAAUGCAUGUAGUAAAUACAUCUUAUGAAAACUGUAUUCAUGGAAUUUCAUUUAGCAUGCUCAUUUAGCAUUUUGUUUUUAAAUGUAGUGACACUGUUUCAGUUAAACUUCCAUUUGCUAAUGGCCACAGGAUUGGAGUCUAACCUUAAAUGCCCAGGCAGCAAUGAUUCUGUAUCAGUUGAGUGAAAUGGCUUUCUUAUUCAGCUGUUACAGACGUACAUUAGGGCACCUCUGAUGCCUCAUCUUUUAUAGAUUGUCAAUAGGUACUACUUAUCAUACAACUAAUUUUGAGGCACUAGAACAUACCCUGAACUAAGAAUUAUUUUGUCUUACACUUGCCUUUAUACUCACUUAAAAUCAAGAAUCCCAUCUAAAAUCCAUAGGUACCUUUUCUGAAAGUCCUGCACUUCCCCCACUGGGUCAGAAAUGAGAUGGGAAGAAAACCUUUAAGACUUAGGAUGGGAGAAAGUGAAAGAUCAUUGUUUAUGUGGAGACUUUUAGGCCUUUUGUAAAAAUUUUACUGGUGAGUAUAAAUUAGAUUAGAGCAUUUUGUUCCACAGAUUGUUAACCUUUAAAGUAUAUAAUUGCUGCUAAAAAUAGUGCUCUGUUACACUGAAAGAAAGUUGGUGCCACAUUUUGAAGAUGAGAUCUUGUGCCAUAAAUGCAGCUGAACUAAAUAUAAACUUUAGUUCACAAAUUAAUGCUGUCAAAGGAAUGAGUAAAGUAGAAAAUAACCAAUGACAUAAUUUCAUUCUAAACUAUGUAGUGUGAUCAAAUAUGAUCAUCCAGAAUUUUAUAUUUUUCUUUGUACAAAGGCUAUGUAUUCUGGGUGUUUUUUAAAAAGGAAACAUUUAAAAUUCCACAGUUGACACUUUCUAUCAAUCUUCAGUGGGCUAGGAUUUUUUUUUUUUCUGUAAUCUCUUAAAUUUCUUUAAAUUAUAUACUUACAACAGCAGAGAAACUGGAUUGUUUUUGUAUAUAUGACUGCUUCCACUUGAAAUGCUGUCACAAGUAUUUGGGGGGAUUUCUCUUGUAUAUGAUAUUCUUAGAGGUAAUAAUGCAUGAUUUUAUUUUAUAAACUCCUGAACUAUGUAUUUGACAUGUAAAAUAUGUACAGGAUUGAUAUCAACCAUCUCUUAGAAAGUUAGCCUAUAAAUAUUGUUGUAUAAUUUUCUUUGGUCAGAAACAUUUGGACUAAGUAGUGCCACUUGGGUCAGGAUUUUCUUCAGUGCCAUUUAGCAAAUAAUCGUCUUUAGUUUAUCCAACUAGCAAUGUUCCAAGGUCUUGUAUUUGUAUAAUAUAACAGAAUACUUUGCAGUUGUCAGACUUUAAAUUACUGGAACCCAGUAUAGCAAAAUUAGAGGAAAAGCUUUAAGGAAAUCUCUUAAGAGAAAAAGCCAACAUUUUCAAUCUCAACAGUUAAGCCUACUACAGAUAAUAGUAUCUACUAUCUCAGCCCUCCAAAGUUUGUAGUGUUGGGACUGUCCUUUGUACUUUUUGUGUGGUAGCUGGGUAAAAUUGGGCAGCUACAGUUUUCAGUUCUGUGUGACUCCCAAAUAAAAACCAGAAAAGAACUAGUUAUUUUAAAUUAAGACUUGCAGAUAUGAGGUAGAAACUGUCCUGCAUGUAUUAUAAACAGGUGACAUUUUCCAACCAAGCACAUGCCAUUCAGUUUUCUGUUGAUCACACCAUUGUAUAAAACAGCAACACCGAAGGGGGGGCAAAUGAUUGUUGUACACUUUGAAUUAUUUUGCAUGGUCUCAAUUGGUGUAAGAAUCUUGACUUUUUUUACAUUUGGAAACAUCAAAUAAAAAUGAAAAUAAAUUGUAUUGUUUUUUCCCUAA